UCUCGUAAAACAAGCAACCUCCGCGCAAAAAAUUUUUUUUGUUAACUACUAUUAACAACGACGUUUAAACUAUUAAACGUUGUAGUAUCAAGUGCGGAAAACGGUUGAAUGAAGUGCGGAAUUAGGUGUGCAACGACGACGCGGCAUAAAAAAAGAAAUACGAAUACAAUAAUCUAAAAAUUUUUGUAAUAAAUUAUAAAGCAAAACUAUUGAAACGUUGUAGAAAGCCCCAAACAAUUAUUUUUCGGUUGAAUUAAGUGCCUGUGUGUUAAGAAACGGUAGAGAUAUAGAAAUAAGAAUGUGUAGAAAUCUACCAUAAACGACGAAAAAUUACGAAAGAAGAAAGAGAAAAAAUUGGAAAUUAACAAAAAAACAAGUGCCAGUGUGAAUGCAAAGAAAAAUUCAUGGAUUACAAUGUCACAAACCCAAUGAAGAAGCUGGAAUUACGAAAAUAUCGUUUAAAUAAAUUGGAAAUCUAAUAGAAAAUUAAAAUAAAAUUUGACGUUGUUUCUUCAUAUUUACCUAUUUACCACACAUAUUUCUACACGCACACAUUCGUACACAAAAAAAAUUAUUAUGCUCUCACCCUGUUGUGUGUAGCAGUAGUACAACAAGAAAAAAAACUUGUGAGAUUAACGCGUGUGUAAGCGAAAAAGAGUGAAUGAGCUAGAGAGAGAGAGAGGGCGUAAGAGUGUAAACAUUUAUACCUGGAUUUUUUAAAUGUUUUUUUUUUUGUUUCCUUCAAUUGACAAUAGAAUAGGAAAUAUAAAAAAGAAUUAAUAUACACGAAAAAAAGAAUGGUGUUAUAAUCGAAAAUAUUUGUGUGGCUAUCGAUAACAACGGAGCCAAUAGCUAAAAACGUUAAACUUCGCGUAAAUCUCUUUCAUAUACCUAUAUGUUGGUGGUGGAUUGUGCCAAAAAGCCGGUCACCUUGCAGUCAUCAUCGUGUAUUUAUUUGCUGUGCUGCCCUGUUAUAAUUGUCUUAUAACUACUAAAAGCAGGUGCCACUUAGGGGCUCUUUAGUGUAAUCACUUCAAUUUUUCAAAAACUUAAACAUUUUGUUGGCAUUUCUUACCAUCAGCUGUGUGUCUUCUUCCACAAUUGGAUUAAAGAUAAAACAACAAAACAUCAAAAAUACACAGAAAAGGAUUAACCAACAAAACUUAUCACAGUACAGCACAAAUAGUUGUUGUUCAUGUUUAAAAAUCCUCAUCACCAACUUUGUGUUUGUGUUUCUGAAGGCAGGCUACACAACACCACCCAGCAAACAUGCUUGCACUUAGACAACAUAUAAGCAUAUCGUUUACAUGAAAACUCACUGCGUAUGCGUUUAGAGAGUAUUUGAAGCUGUAGCCCUUGAACGAAUUAUGUCUAAACUUCAUGUAUCGUCUGCAACAUCGGCAGCGACAAAGUCUUUGGCGCCCGAGCAUACACAGCCCCAAUUGCAGCGCAACGAAAGGGCAGCCAGUGAGAAUCCAAAUAGUGCAGCACAUACCCAACACAGAAGGCAUAGCUCUCUAAGCGGGAGAGUUUGUGGUAAAUCGUUGGCAAAAUCUGCUUCCAUAACCGAUAUAGCGAAUAAAUUAGAACAAUAUGAAUCAAUUACACUGCCUGAUAGAGUUAACAUGGCGGCGGCGGCGACGACGACGACGACUACGACGACAGAAAGGGCGGCGGCGAACAGCGUCACAACAACAUCAAGCUGUAAACGUAUUGCUGCUGCCGCUAGAGAUUCUUCAUUAGCCGACGAAGUGGAUGGUGAUGAGACCAGAAGGCGAAGAUUACCUGCCGCUUUGCGUAAUGAAUUAAAGGCAGCUACCAAAGAUUGUUCCGAGUCAUUGCAUAAUGCUUCUAUAGUGGGUGGUCGUACCUCUAUAACGUCCUACGAUGAGCCCGAUCAUUUGCAGCAUCGUUUUAGUCGAACAGCAGCAGCUUCAGGGGUUGUUGUGGCCAGCGCUGACUCAACAACAGCAGCAACGUUAUCAACAUCGGUAUUAAGUGGAGCGCGGCAGGCGCAACUGGAUAAUUUUUCUUCAUCGUCUAACUUGGAUAAUGGUUUCAGUGAUAUGCUGGGCUGUACAAGUGGGAUGAGUAGUGUGUUUAGUUCUCCAUCUGCCAGUACAGUAUCAUCGCCCCUGUCUACGCCAACAAGACUUUCGCCACAACUUCAACAGCAUCACCGGCAGCAACAGCAAUCGUCAUGUUGCCAAAAGUCAAUAGCAUCUACUAAGAAUUCCUGCUCCUCCGCCUCUUCCACAAAUAAUCAUCCCUAUCUGCAUGAUCACCAUGAUCAUGCUGAUCUUCAUUCACAUCACCACCAGCAUCAGCAUCAGCACAAUAAACAUCUACAUCAUCACAUAGCCGCUUUGUCUUCUAGUUCAGCGAACGGAAGUAAAAACCUUAAGAAAUUUGAUCCGCGUCUGGGACCAUCACCUUAUCGUCAACUUUUGCCCAUAGCUUUAUGUAUUCUAUCGUUUGCGACAGUCUUCAGCAUUUUAAUUGUUUACAUGGAUACGACAGAAAUUCGCCAUCAACAAUUUCGCCUGAAUAUGUCGCGUGAUUACGAUUUCUUUGAUGUGGCUCAAGAUGAUCCUAUACUUAUAGCAUUCCUGCGUGAAAUUCAUAUGCGCAAAUAUUCGAAGCACUGUUUCAAAUCUAUGACGGAUGGCAGCAGCAGUAGUAGUAGUGGUGGUGGAGGAGGAUUUGCAGCCUCAUUAUCAUCACCAACGUCAUCGUCGGCAUCAUCAACGACAUCGACUUCCUCCACACCACUAGGCCCCGGUGGCGGUGGUAAAGCAGGAAGAGUUGGUGUUGAUGGUCUAAUAGGAGUAGAUCAGCAUUUUAACUUUAGUGCCCACCCCAAUGAAUUAACACCAAAAAUGGCCUAUUAUGUGGCCAAUCUGCUGCAGCGCAAAACCAAUGGUGCCGUUAUACAGUCCUUGACGGGCUCUUUGGGUCAAUUAAUGACAGCACCUUGGCUAUCGGAGACAUUGAAUUGGGGUGGUAUCAUAGUGGAACCAGAACCGAGGAGAUUUUUUACACUAUGCAAACAAAAUGGCCUCAGGCCACGCAUGGAAUUGGUGCAGGCCUGUGUAUCACCAAAAUCAUAUCCCAAAGAGGUGGUUACCGCUCACAACGAAGAGUCUGAAGUGCGAAUUAACAGUCUGCUUGAUGAGGAGACAUCAUGGUUCAAUUCGCGUGUCAAAUGUUUUCCGCUGUAUACCAUCAUGCUAGCAACAAAUCGUGUUGAAUACGAUCUACUUAGCUUGGGUGUGCAUGGUCACGAGUUGGAGAUUUUACAAACAUUACCUUUUGACAAAAUAAAAAUUGAAAUAAUUUCAAUACAUUUAUUGGAGAAUCAAGAGGAUGUUAGCAGCUACAUACAAACCAUAACCAAGUUCCUACAACGGAAAGGCUAUAAAUUGCAGAAGAAAUUCGGACGCAAUUAUUUCUAUAGACGCUUAUCAUCAUCAACAAAAUCAUCAUCCACAUCACAGGGCUCAACGCCAAUACGAACACGAACAAAAGAUAUUUUACUAAAGACGCCUUAAAAGCCUUUAUAUUAGAAAAAAAGAAAACUCCCCAACACACACACACAAAAGGAAAACAGUAAUUGUAUGAUAUAUAAUUAUUAUAUAUCAUGGAAAAAAUAGUAUCUAUAUAUAGAAUAUUAUUAUUAUUACAAUUAUUAUAAUUAAUUUUUUUUUUUGUUUAAUUUAAGUCACCAGCAGCAAGCAUACACACAACUUGAGACAUAACUAACGAAACACAAAAGAGAAAACGUUAUGGAAAUAGAAAAACAAGAUUUAAAAAAAAAGCAAUCAAAUAGUAAAGUCCAUAAUGGAAAUCAUGUUGAAAUGUUAAACCUCUAUCCCUCUCUACUUUAGAAGCCAGCCUCCAAGAAAAGCCUAAUUAGGAAAAAACACUUGGAACAAAAAAAAAAAAUCCAUUCACAAAAUAAUUUCCAUUAUACGUUAGCCGUAGAUACAGUUAAAACUAGGGCGAUCAAUAAACCGGGUUUUGAAAUAAGGAAAAAAAUGAGUUUUCAAAAAAAAACGGGUUAAGCAACAUUUCACUGAAAGUUUUUCUAAAGAAAAAAAUUUCAAAAAGAAUUUUUCCAAAGACAAAAUUUUAAUAAAAUUUCUCCAGAGCCUCAAUUACAGUUAAAUUUUCUUUAAAGACUUUUAAUUAAAAUUUUGUAUUAGAAAAAUUUUUUAUUUAAAAUUUAAAUUUGUUAAAUUUUUCAUAAAAAAAAUUCCCCAAAAAUAAUUUUUUUUCUAGAGAUCAAAUUUCAAUGCUUUUUCAUAGACACAUUUUCAUAAAAGCUAUUUUUUUUUAAAUUUCUCAAAAAUAAAAUUUCAAUUUUUGCAAAAAAUUUUAAAAAUCUCUCUAAAAAAUUAUUAAAAUUUUUCUAAAAAAUUGUUAAUU